AUGUCGGACGUUUACACCAAGCUGCCCUCACCAGACAUUAAUGUAGGUGAAAGCUGCCACAUUCAUCCACUACAUAGAAGCUACAGAAGUAAAUCCUUACAUCACUAUCCUUCUAAUGUUGAUUGGAAUCCCUUUGAUGCAGAUGGAAUCAAUAUGCUGUGUAUGCCCAAAGGGCUCUCGUUCCGGACACAGAAAGGAAACCGUCAAGCCAAGUUCCAUUCCUUUGUCAUGACACGAGAAGACAGCACUAGAACAUAUGGUGCAGCUCUGACUUUCUAUGAACAGGUUUCUAGCCAGCAUAUCUGCGCAGAAGUGCAAACCCUCCAACAUAAAUAUGGAGAGGAUAGAAGGAUGAGAAAAGCCAGUGUCAACCAAGGAAGUACUGGAAACAUCUAUGAUGAGAUGCACCCUAGUAAUAGUGGGUAUAGAACUAUUGGUUCACCACGCUUCCAACGUCGUCAAUCCAGUCCAGCUAUCCAGGGCUUGGCUUCACCAAGGACACGAAGGCGGAGCCCCGUUCAUCAGGGCUACACUCAAAAAGCAUACACACUCCCUAGAACUCACACAGAUACAAAGAACCCACACUUUGACAUGGUCAAGGACACACUCUAUGUUUCUAAGUGCAUUUGUCUUAUCAUGCCAUUGCCCUUUGUUAGGGCAGCCAGGAAGUUCCUGGAGCAGCUCUUUGAAGUUGUCCGAUCUUCAAACUCUCCAUCUCUACCUAUGGAAAGCUACAUCUUCAAUGUUCUGUACGAAGUGCCCCUUCCUCCUAUGGGUAGGAGUAUGGUCUUUACUGGCGUUUCUCGUAAUAUUGCAUGUCAGAGGCCAUCAAAGACAGAGUUACCUCUAUGCGAGUAUGCAAUAAGGGAUAUCUUUGAUCUCCUAGGAACAGAGAAUGUGGUUGAUCUACUCACUUGUGUUCUUCUUGAGAAGCAAAUCUUACUUGUUUCUAAAGAUUACCAGCGGCUAAUGUUGAUAGCAGAGUGUAUUACGACCCUCAUCUUUCCGUUUCAGUGGCCUUAUGCCUAUGUUCCUAUUCUUCCAGCAUCCAUGUUGUAUUUCUUAGAUGCUCCUCUCCCAUUCAUCAUGGGUCUUCAUUUAAGUGAGGCUAACCUUCAUCCAGAGUCUGAUAUGGAACUACCAACACAGGUAUAAUCU